AUGUAUUCUCCCAAAGUUGGUGACACGAUUGACAGCUUGGACACACCGUCCAUGAUUGCAGACCUCGAUCUCGUCGAAGCCAACAUCAAAAAGCUGAUGGACAAGCUUUUACCAACGGGUCUUGACAUUCGGCCUCAUCUAAAGACAACAAAAAGUGCCAUCCUGGCCAGCAAAUUGGUCAAGGCUGGAGCAAAAGGCGGUUGUGUGGCUAAAGUGAGCGAGGCAGAGGUCAUUGCCGACGCUGGAUUCGAUGACUUGUUCAUUACCUGUGAGGUUAUCGGCCCUGCCAAAGUGAAGAGGCUGGUGGACUUGUAUCGCAAACACCGGAAGAUUAGGAUAGUCGUUGACAGCGAUGUUGGCGCGACGGCUAUCAACGACGCUUUGGCGAGCGCUGGCAUUGAUGAACCAAUCUCCGUUUUAAUUGAUCUGGAUGUUGGGCUUCACCGCACUGGUGUCUUGCCAGGGGAGCCAGUCAUGACCCUGGCACAGCAUGUUGGAGGCCUCAAGUAUUUGAAGCUUAUCGGUCUUCACGGCUAUGAAGGCCAUUUACAGCAUUUGCACGAUUACGAGGAUCGCAAAAGUCAGUGCCUUGAGUCAAUGGAGACACUCACCAAUACUGCGACCGUUCUACGAAAAGCAGGUUUCAACAUCGAAGUGGUCACUACUGGGGGCACUGGAACUGCCGAAUUCUGCGCCGCUGUUCCUGGCGUGACCGAGCUUCAGCCUGGCUCUUUCAUCUUCAUGGACACAGACUAUCGGAAUGCUGUGGGCACGUUUUAUUCGAACAGCCUCACCAUUCUAUCCACAGUCCUGAGCAAACAAGGUCCUCGCUCAGUGACGAUCGACAGUGGACUAAAGUCAUUGACCACGGAUAGUGGUUUGGCCGAGUGCAAGGACCCGAGAUACUCCUAUGGCGUUCUUGGUGAUGAGCAUGGCUCACUCAGUUGGGAAGAAGGUGUACCACCCCUUUCGGUUGGGGAUCGUGUUGAGAUGGUACCCAGUCACAUCGACCCGACGGUUAAUCUGCAUGACGUUUAUUAUGCGCAUCGCGGGGGCAUCAUCGAGGAGAUUUGGCCGGUUGACUCGAGGGGCAAGGUCCAAUAG